AUGUCCUACUACUACGAGCAGUGCAAGCAGCCCUGCCUGCCGCCUCCCAUCUGCCUGCAGAAAUGCGCCAAGUGCCCGGAGCCCUGCGCCGCGCAGUGCGUCGAGGUCUGCCAGGCCCCCUGCGCCAGCGUGCCGCAGUGCUCCGACGUCUGCGCCGCGCCCUGCGUGCCGCAAUGCGCCGACGUCUGCGCCACCACCUGCGCCACCACCUGCGCCACGCAGUGCGCGGAGCCCUGCGUCCCGCAAUGCGUCGACGUUUGCGCCACCACCUGCGCCCCGCAGUGCGUCGACGUUUGCGCCAGCAGCUGCGCCCCGCAGUGCGUGGAUGUCUGCCCCGCCCAGUGCCCCACCCAGUGCCCCGCCCAGUGCCCCACCCAGUGCCCCACCCAGUGCCCCACCCAGUGCGCGGAGCCCUGCGUCACCAAGUGCGUGGAGCAGUGCCAGGCCGAGGUUUGCAGCGCCAAGUGCGUGGAGUCGUGCGAGACCGUGUGCCUGGAGCCCUGCUCCCGCCCCUGCUGA